GAGAGCGCUGCAAGUAGCUGUCAAUCAUCACUAUAAUACGUUAGCCUCAUCGUCAACGUGUUAAUGUUAUUUAUAUCCAAAGGUACUCAUGAAGGAUGACUAACAUUCACCUGUACAUGGACUGAUCCACUGAGGCCAAAGGAUGGUAAAAAGUGUCAUGGUAGCAUAUGCCCUGUGGGCAGUCGGUGGGCCUUUGGGCCUUCACCAUUUAUAUUUAGGCAGAGACAGCCACGCUCUGUUAUGGAUGCUGACCCUGGGAGGAUUUGGGUUUGGCUGGGUCAGAGAGGUCAUGCGCAUUCCUGCAUAUGUUGGGGAGGCCAAUCGAGAUGCAGAGAAAGAGAGAAAAGCACCUCCCACCAUGGUCCCCCCACCUGUAGGCCCUGUCAGAUUUGUUGGACAGGUGUUUGUUGGGAUCUACUUUGGCACUGUGGCUCUGAUUGGACUGAACUCCCUUGGUUUCUUCUACUUGAUCGUCCUGCCUCUAUGUGUGGGUGCAGGGGUACAUCUGGUGUCCUGUAUUGGUCUGCAGACUUCUGAUCUCCAGAAAACUUUGACUGCUUGUCUCAUCACCUCCCCAAUAUUCUAUGGCAGCUCUUUAUCACCUCUCCCUAUAAGCCUGGCUGCCAGUGUCACUGCUGCACAGCACCGCAGGGUCAAACCUCCACAGACACCCGGGAGCACACAGAAACUAGGUCCACGGCUUUACAGGCUCGGUCUAGCCUGGCUGGCCUUCUCUGCUCCGCUGGGUUACUGUAUUUUCCAUAACACCACAGCCACACUGUACUACCUGUCUGAUUGUUUAGCAGCACUGCUGGAUAUUUUCUGGUUCCUGCCUUGGCUCAGAAAUGUGUUGGAGUACAUUCUUUUAAUGCCUUAUAAGCUCUUGUGUGUAAUUACUGGAGGAGGGUACUAUGAUGACGCUUGGAAGAAGGUGCUGGAAAUACUUCUCAAAGAAUACUCUGAGAAAGAAAAAGAGGCACUGCGGGUAUUGUCAUUGGAGGCAGAGGCCUCACUAGAAGACAUAACUCACAGCUAUAGGGAGCUGGCUAAGACAUGGCAUCCAGACCAUAAUCCUGGCAAGGAUGCAGAGGCCAUGUUCGUGAAGAUCAAUGAGGCUUAUGAGGUUCUUCUACAACGGCACAAACCUCGUCGAUUCAUAUAGUUUUCCCUCCAUUCCUCACUGACUGACUAUUUUUCAGUCAUUGUUUAUAAUGUUCAUGGAACAUAAAUCAAAAGCAUGGACAGAGACUUGCACGGUAUUUCACAGAUGUCUGAUUGGUUACUUGGUAGUUUGUCUCAAGCAGCACU